AAUAAACAUGUCCAGCAGAAGCAUCGAGUGGGAGCAUUUCGAGGAGCGCGAGAAGAUUCACCGGUCCCCGCGGGGCAGCAGCGGUUCUCACUCCGGCUCGCGGGGUAACGGGCUCGUUCCCAGUCCCGCUCACAGCGCGCACUGUAGCUUCUACCGCACACGCACACUGCAGUCGCUCACCUCCGAGAAGAAAGCGAAAAAAGUUCGCUUCUAUCGGAACGGUGAUAAGUACUUCAAGGGCUUGGUGUACGCUGUGUCCGGUGACCGCUUCAGGUCUUUCGACGCGCUGCUGAUGGAGCUCACCCGCUCCCUCUCGGACAAUGUGAAUUUACCGCAGGGAGUCCGGAGCAUCUAUGCUAUAGAAGGGGGAAAGAAAAUCACCAGCAUGGACGAGUUACUUGAAGGAGAAAGCUAUGUGUGUGCUUCCAACGAACCCUACCGUAAAGUGGACUACACAAAGAACGUUAAUCCCAACUGGUCAGUCAAUGUGAAGACUGGGACGUCCCGCUCGAUGCCAUCUCUUACCACUUCAAAGAACGAGCUGAGAGAACGAGAGAGCAAAGACUUCAUCAAACCCAAGCUGGUGACUGUCAUCAGGAGUGGCGUCAAACCGCGCAAGGCCGUCCGGGUCCUUUUGAAUAAGAAGACGGCUCACUCCUUUGAUCAGGUGCUCACGGACAUCACUGACGCCAUUAAACUGGACUCUGGGGCUGUGAAGAGACUCUACACUCUGGAGGGCAAACAAAUUACAUGUUUGCAGGAGUUUUUCGGGGACGAUGACGUAUUCAUCGCGUGCGGCCCUGAGAAACACCGUUACGCACAGGAUGAUUUUGUGUUGGAUCACAGUGGUAAGGCUUCCACAGCCUUUAUAACCGAAUGUCAGGUGCUCAAGUCCUCUUAUUCUUCUCGUUCUGCUCCUCCUGUGAGAUACUCUGGCAGUAAAAGUCCAGGACCCACCCGCCGCAGCAAAUCUCCUGGAUCAGGAAGAAGAACUCCCGGACACUUCUCUACAAAUAGCCAAUCUCCAGUCAAAUCACCAAUAAAUGGAGUACCUAACAGCCAAAUCACUACCCCCAAAUCCGCCAAAUCCUCCAGCUCCUCCCCGACCAGCCCCCGCAGCAUGCGCAACUUCAAGUUUAGUUGCAACAAGCGGAUAGGAGUCCCCCUCCGUCUCUCUGUACAGAUUCCAGCACAUCACUCCUCUGCAACCAAUGUGAACGGCUCCUCUGAGACGCCCCAACAAUAUAACAACAGUGUGAGCCCUGAAGUUAAUGGAAACAGGAACCUAGCUGCUUCCACUAUUUUGGACAAGUACAAAAUUGGCAAAGUUAUUGGUGAUGGAAACUUUGCUGUGGUUAAGGAGUGUGUCGAACGACCCACUGGAAAGGAGUUUGCACUGAAGAUCAUCGAUAAAAACAAAUGCAGAGGCAAAGAGCACCUGAUCGAGAAUGAAGUGGCGGUGUUGAGGCGUGUUAAGCAUCCUAAUAUCAUCAUGCUGAUUGAGGAGGUGGAUACGCCCACUGAGCUCUAUCUAGUCAUGGAACUUGUGAAGGGUGGAGAUCUGUUUGAUGCAAUCACCUCCUCAACAAAAUACACUGAAAGAGAUGCUUGUGUGAUGGUAUUCGACCUGGCAGCUGCUCUCAAAUACCUGCACAGAAUGUGUAUCGUCCAUCGAGACAUCAAACCUGAGAAUCUGCUGGUGUGCGAGUACCCUAAUGGUACAAAGUCUUUGAAGUUGGGUGAUUUUGGCUUGGCCACAGUGGUUGAAGGCCCGCUGUACACUGUUUGCGGAACACCCACUUACGUUGCCCCAGAAAUCAUAGCAGAGUCAGGUUAUGGGCUAAAGGUGGAUAUCUGGGCAGCUGGAGUGAUUACCUAUAUCCUUCUAUGUGGCUUCCCACCUUUCCGCAGUGAGAAUAACCUUCAGGAUGACCUAUUUGAUCAGAUUCUGGUAGGGCGUUUAGAGUUCCCUUCACCCUUCUGGGACAAUAUCACUGAUUCUGCUAAAGAGUUGAUUGGUCACAUGCUGCUGGUGAAUGUGGAGGCCAGAUACACAGCAGAUGAUGUGCUGUCUCACCCCUGGGUCACGGUAAAUGAGGAUGCUGCAAUGGAAAACAAUAUGAAGAUGGAGGUGGCAGGUAAACUCAAAAAGCACUUUAACUCUGUGCAGAAACAGAGCAACACUUCCCCUGGAGUCUCUGUUCUUGUGAACACAGCUCUAGAUAAGGAAACCAUCCAGCUCUCUCGCCGGCGUAAGGACACCAGCCCCCCUCCAGGAAAAAGCCCCUCCUCCACCCAUCCAGAGAGACGACGCUCCAAUAGGAGACGGUCAUCUGCCCAAUCGGUGGAUUCUAGGAGUGCUGCUGCUCUGGUUGAGCCUUUAGACUCAACAACCCCCAAUACACCAUCAGCACCUCUGCCCUCCCCUUGCUCUGCCCCACUUCACUACUUCCCAGAAUGCAAUGCUGAGGCCAACAAGGGCUUGCCGAAGGAAGAAUAACUCUACUUAGGGGAAACAAUAUGGAGACAAUUCCAAAUAUACAAAUAAAUAAUUAAAUAGUUACUCUGCAAAUCUUUAACGCUUCAUUCUAGCAGAAGACUGGAAUACACUACACACGAUUUGCUCAGAUUUUUGCCCCAAUUUACAGCCUGGAAGAGUUGCCAAAAGUGUUAUCUUAUCCAUUGUGACGUACAUCUAAGUGAAACAGCUUCUCGAACAAGAAUAAAUAUUGGGCAGGACUUGAUUUUGUCGAUCAGGAAUUGAUUGGAUCAUUGUUGUCUGCUAUUGAUCUCAUGUGAGUGACAGGUUAUCCCGUCCUUGUGCCGAAAAACACAUCAUGAAAAGAGAUGUUGCUGCAAGAGGGACAGGAACAUCACAAGGGCACAUGAAUUAAAAAAAAUAUAUAUAUAUAUUUUGAUGUGCACGGACAACUCAUUUAUAGGCUAAUACUGCGAUAAGAAUAGUCCAUUUGGAUUUCAUGGUGACUUUAAGGCUGGGAUACAACACAACUUUUAAAAUCUGAGCAGAUUUUAAAACACUAACUGAUGAUCACACACUUUCAGGUCGUUCCUAACACAACAAACUCACGCAGAAACACUCGCCUCAUUGCCAGGAGACGCAUU